GAACGAUUCACAUUUCAAUUGUUGUCACUUUUCGAUCGCCAUUUUCUCGGACUCUUUUAUUGGCAUCAUACAUCGCUAAUUGAGUCAGAUUUCCCUUGGUGUUUAAUCGGCUUUCGCUUAGCUUGAUCGUAAAUUUGUUUUUUUUUUUUUAAUUUAGUAUGCUGUAAUAAAAUAUUUGUUCAUAUUCAAUAAACAACCAAUACGUGACCAUGUCUGCUCACGAGCAAAUGAGGGCAAUGUUAGAUCAAUUAAUGGGCACUGCUCGAAAUGGUGAAUCCGAUCGGCACGGAGUUAAAUUUUAUGAUGAUACGGUUUGCAAAUCGUUUUUACUGCAGUGCUGUCCACAUGAAAUUUUAUCAUCGACCCGUAUGGAUUUAGGUGAGUGUCCUAAAAUACAUGAUCUGGCUCUACGCGCGGACUAUGAAUUAGCCUCGAAAACCAAAGAUUAUUUCUAUGACAUUGAUGCCACAGAACAUUUGGAGGCAUUCAUCGCUGAUUGCGAUCGUCGUACCACCGCCGCCAAGCAGAGGUUGGCAGAGACACAGGAGGAAUUAUCGGCAGAAGUGACAGAGAAGGCAAAUGCUGUCCACGAAUUGGCAGAACAGAUUGGUCAAAAGCUGGCACGCGCGGAAGCCCUUGGUGAGGAGGGUAUGGUCGAAGACAGUGUCAAACUUAUGGGAGAGAUAGAUGAAUUGCGCAAGAAAAAAGCAGUAGCAGAACAAGAGUAUCGUAAUUCUAUGCCGGCGUCGUCAUACCAACAGCAGAAAUUACGUGUUUGUGAGGUUUGCUCUGCCUAUCUGGGCAUACACGACAACGACCGACGUCUCGCCGACCACUUCGGUGGAAAGCUGCAUCUCGGCUUCAUCACAAUCCGUGAAAAGCUAUCCGACCUUAAAAAAACAGUAGAGAAGCGUCGCGAGGAGCGCGGAGCGAGUGAACGUGAACGCAGCGGCGGGCGGCGGCACUACGUGGGCGGGCGCGAGCUGGACCGGCGCGCGCGCAGGCACCGCGAGGCGGGGCGCGAGCGCGACCGCGACCGCGGCAAGGAGCGCGAGCGUGACCGCGAACGUGACAGGAGGCGCAGUCGUUCGCGUAGCAAGAGCAAACGUGAAGGGUCGCGUGAAAAAUCCCGUGGACGUGAUCGGGAACGUGAACGUGAAUCGCGUCGCAGUAGAUCUCAUCGUUCUUCGUCUCGGGAACGGAAGCGUGACUGAUAUCGCAUAAGGAAAUAACAUGCCAGGGUCCAGUUUUUUCAGAAUUCCAGAGCCGAAACAUUUAUUUAUCGGUAUUCAUGACCAAAUUACGUUUUAAAAUAAUUUCUCAUAAUUUUAUAUUCAUUAGUCACGAGAAUUAUAUCAACUUACACUUGAAUACUUAACACAUUUUAAACGAUAUUCAAAAAACUUCUCAAACAACUAAAUAUAUAAGAACCUGGCUAUUAUACAAGAUUUUAAGUAGUUUGUAAUUUCUCCAGUCAUCAAGGUUUUUGAUAAUUAAUGAAAUAUCAGUGUGAUGAUUUAAUAGUAUCAAAAACAGCCUAGAGGAAGCAAAUAGCUUUAGUAGGGUCAUGGUACUACCACCAAAAUAAUUAUGACAAUACAGUAAAAAAAAUGGAUGUAGUAUCCUAUAAGUAGUAUCUUAGAACUGGAUCCUAUAAGAAGUAUCUUAAAACUGGAAUUGUAUUGAAUAGCAGUUAUAAAUAGUGACUGGACCUACAAAGUCCAAUAAAAUCAGUUGAAAUUUCUCAUUUUUGAUUGUUAUGAGUAGAUAAAAGAGUAACUUGUAUUAGUUCAUAUUAUUUUGAGUGAAUUUGAUAAUAUAUAUUGUUAGUUGGUUGAAUGGAUGUUAUAAAUUAGAUGAAGAAUUUCAAUGCCUUGUUCUGGAUAAUUAAAAAAAACACGAUAUUUUUAUCUCAUACAUACAUAUGUAUUUAUUAUUUUAAAAAGGGAAAAUUAAAUUAAAUUUAUUUUACGUUUGAAAAGUUUUCCAGAAUGGGGUUCCAGUUUACUAUGUGUAACAUUUUAUAUCUAGUAGGAGAAUAGAAUAAAAUUUGUCUUGUAUUGUUUUAAAAUAAAGUUAUGGAAUAAAGUUUAAGUUAACUUAUUCCUAAACUUAAGCUAUGUUUAUAGUUUAUUUUUAAUAAUUUUAUUUGUGCCUAAGUGAAAUACACAAUGCUUAAUUUCUAUAUUUAUUAGCAUUUGCUAUUAGGCACGCCAGGGAAGUUAUUAUAAGUAAAUAAAAAACACAAAAAUGUAAACAUAGCCUUACAUGCAAUUUAGAGGUAAAUAUUAAAACAUCAUAGUUAUAUAGAAAUGUUUUAAAUAGAAAAUAGAAUGGAGUGUGAAUAGAAUUGUAGGUUAAUUUUAUAAAAUUAAUAUUGGAUUUUGGCAUUGAGAAACUAAAUAAUAUCUACACAUGUGUAAGAAAUACGUAAUAUACGAGAAAACGCUUUAACGCAUGAUUUUAAAUAUUUGAAAGUGUGAUUGGUGUUUUUUUAUACACAGAUUGACAAUAGAUUGAUUUUGACAUUUAAAUAUAGCGUUUGAAUCUUCACUUGUUAAAGACUAAGGAUAUCAAUGUAAUAUCUUUCCAAUCUAAUUAUUCACACGUGAUGUAGUGUCUUAUUACUAUCCUGUACAACUAUGUCAACACUCAAUAUAUAUAAAUAUAUCUGCCCGACUUCCAUUUAAACUAUAAUAAUUCAAUAUUGGUUGCUUGGACAUAGUAUCACAAAAAUGAUUAGUUCGGGGCGAAAUAUUUUUAUUAAUAUUGUCAACUUGACGCCAGUUUCCUUUGGAUUUCAAAAAAAAUUCAAAGGUGUUUAUUUAAUUAUAAUUUUUUGUUAAAAUAAAAUAUGAAUGCAAGUA